CGGGGUCGACCAGCCGCACGUGGCGGGGGCGGCGGCAGCAGGGCGCGCGCUGGCGCCGGGACGCCCAGGACUAGAGCCACACGUGCGCCCCGAGCGCGAGCGCCGGGGCCGCGGGGGCCUCGCCAGCCCCAGCCGCCGCCCUCAUACCGGCGACGCGCGGAAAAUUACAGAGGUGUGUUCCAGAGUUGACUGUUCAUGGCACAAACAAAUGGAGGGUGUUCACUGGCACUUAUUUUUAUCAUUGUGUUGUUGUUGGCUAAAGCAAAUAUAGAUGUAUGCAAGAGAGGAGAUGUGACCGUGAAGCCUUCCCGUGUAAUUUCACUUGGAUCAGCUGUCAAUAUUUCAUGCUCUUUGAAGCCUGAACAAGGCUGCUCACAAUACCCCAGUGUUAACAGGUUAAUCCUCUACAAGUUUGACAGACAAAUCCAUUUUCUGCAUGGUUACUCCCUCAGUUCUCAAGUCACUGGUCUUCCUCUGGGUACAACCCUGUUUCUCUGCAAAUUGGCAUGUAGCAAAAACAAGGAGUUUCGAAUAUGUGGGGCAGAGAUCUCAGUUGGUGUUGUUCCAGAACAGCCUCAAAACUUAUCUUGUAUACAGAAGGGAGAACAUGGGACUGUAACCUGCAUCUGGGACAGAGGACGAGACACCCACCUAUAUACUGCAUAUACUUUACAGCUAACUGGACCAAAAAAUUUCACUUGGCAGAGGCAAUGUAAUGAUCAUUAUUGUGACCAUUUGGACCUUGGAAUUAACCUAACCCCUGAAUUGCCUGAAUCCAGUUACACAGCCAAGGUUACUGCUACAAAUAAUCUUGGAAAUGCUUCUUCAAUUCCAUCCACAUUUACAUUCUUGGAUAUAGUGAGGCCUCUUCCUCCAUGGGACAUCAGAAUCAAAUGUGUAAAUGCUUCUGUGAGCAGAUGUAUCCUUCAGUGGAGAGAUGAGGGGCUGGUGUUGCUUAAUCGACUCAGAUAUCGGCCCAACAGCAGCAGGUCCUGGACUAUGGUCAAUGCUACAAAUGCCAAAGGAAGACAGGAUCUGCUGGAUCUGAAACCAUUUACAGAGUAUGAAUUUCAGAUUUCUUCUAAGUUACAUCUUUAUAAAGGUAGUUGGAGUGAUUGGAGUGAACCAUUCAGGACACAAACACCAGAAGAAGAGCCUACUGGGACAUUAGAUGUCUGGUACAUGAAACAACCCAUUGACUACAAUAGACAACAGAUUUCUCUUUUCUGGAAGAAUAUGAGUGUAUCUGAGGCAAGAGGGAAAAUCCUCCACUAUCUAGUGACCUUGCAGGAGGUGGCAGGGGGGAAGGUCACAAUGCAGAACAUCACAGAACACACCUCCUGGACCUGGAUCAUUCCCAGAACUGGAAACUGGGCUGCAACUGUGUCUGCAGCCAACUCAAAAGGCAGUUCCCCGCCUACUCGUAUUAACAUAACGGACCUGUGUGAGGCAGAGUUGUUGGCUCCUCGUCAGGUCUCUGCAAACUCAGAGGGCGUGGACAACAUGAUGGUGACCUGGGAGCCCCCUGGGAAAGCCGCCCCUGCUGUCCAGGAGUAUGUGGUGGAAUGGAGGGAGCCCCAUUCCGGGAGUGACAUGCAGCCCCCUCUAAACUGGCUGCGGAGCCCCCCCUACAAUGUGUCCGCUUUGAUUUCAGGGAACAUAAAACCCUACAGCUGUUAUGAAAUCUGCGUGUAUGCACUGUCGGGGGACCAGAGAGGAUGCAGCUCCAUCCGGAGUAACUCUAAGCACAAAGCACCACUGAGUGGCCCCCACAUUAAUGCCAUCUCAGAGGAAAAGGGGAACAUUGUGAUUUCAUGGAACGAAAUUCCAGCCCAGGAGCAAAUGGGUUGCAUCCUCCAUUACAGGAUAUACUGGAAGGAACAGGACUCUAAUUCCCAGCCUCAACUUUGUGAAAUUCCCUAUAGGGUAUCCCCAAAUUCACAUUCAAUAGACAGCCUGCAGCCCGGAGUAACAUAUGUCCUGUGGAUAACAGCUCUGACAGCUGCUGGUGAAAGCCCCCCAGGAAACAAGAGGGAAUUUCAUCUGCAAGGUAAAGCCAAUUGGAGUGUGUUUGUGGCACCAAGCAUUUGCAUUGCUGUCGUCAUAGUGGGCAUUUUCUCAACGCGUUACUUCCGGCAAAAGGUAUUUGUUCUCCUUUCAGCCCUCAGACCUCAGUGGUGUAGUAAAGAAAUUCCAGACCCAGCCAAUAGUACUUGGGCCAAGAAAUACCCCACUGUGGAGGAGAAGAUGCAGCUACCCUUGGACAGGCUCCUGACAGACUGGCCCACUCCUGAAGAACCUGAGCCUCUGGUCAUCAGUGAAGUCCUGCAUCAAGUGACCCCAGUCUUCAGACAUCCUCAUCACCCCAACUGGCCAGACAAGGGACAAGAAAUCCAAGGUCACUAUACCUCUGAGGAAGACACAGGAUAUAGUGCCUCAAGCCUACCACCUCCCAAAGCUCUCAUAGCAGAGACAGGAUUAGUGGAUCUGUACAAGAUGUUGGGGAGCAGGAGCCCUGACUCAAAGCCAGGACACCUAGCUGGCCCUGUGACAGUACUCCCAGUGGACUACCUUCCCACCCAUGAGGGAUACUUACCCUCCAACAUAGAGUAUCUUCCUUCACAUGAAGCUCCUAUAACUGAUCCUCUGGAAGAACUAAAGCCUCAGCACAUCUCUCUUUCCAUUUUCCCCUCAAGUUCUCUUCACCCACUCACCUUCUCCUGUGAUAAGAAGCUGACUCUGGAUCGGUUAAAGGUGGGGUGCAGCUCCCUCAUGCUGUGAGUGGCGAAGCUUGGAAAGUCCAUGUGCUCCCAGCCCCCAAUGUGUCUCUCAUCCCCAGCCCACACUGCUCCAGUGGUCAUCACCUCUGGGGUGCUGCUAUCAGGUCUGUUUCCAAAUAGAGGGCAAACAAAAAGCCCACGGUUUGUGGGCUGUAACCCAGAUGCCUGUCUUGCCUUCUCCAGAGCCUUAGGACUACAGUUAACCCUUGAACAAUGUGAGGGUUAGGGGCACAGGCUUAAAUCUGCAUAACUCGUGACUCCUCAGAAAGUUAACCAUUGUUCGCUUUUUGACCACU